AUGAAGUGCGAACCAGAGGAAGCAGAAGCAGGGAGUCAGGAGGUGGAGAAAGAGAAGGAUGAGAAAAGAAGGAUGCUGAGUUGUGGCAAAGAUCUGUCAGGACUGAACAAAGGGGACAUAUCCAGUCCCUCCUGGCCUGGUUUGUAUGCGGAGAACGCAGACUGUCGGUACACCCUGUCUGUGGAGGCCCAGCUGGAGCUGCACUUCUCUGGGGUGUUUGAUGUGGAGCAGAGCCCUGAUGGUCAAUGCAUAGACGCACUGAGGAUUGAGACCCCCUCUGGGAUUAUGGGACCGUUCUGCGGGCACACGCCUCCCCCGUCUCCCUUCCUUACUCACUCACAUCGUGUCAACAUCAGCUUCACCUCCGACGGCUUCGGCACCAACAAAGGCUUCACCUUGCACUUCAAGACCAGAGCUGUGAAUUGUGGUCAUCCUGACAUCCCAGAAGAUGGCAUCCUUCAGUUGACGGACUCAGAAAACUCACACACUCGGUAUAAAGGCCAGAUCCAGCUGAGGUGCAGUUCAAAGUACUACACACUGGAAGGAAACGACAUAUACACUUGCAGUGCUGGUGGUAAAUGGGUAUCAAGCAGUGGAACAUCACAGAUGCCAAAAUGCACUCCAGUGUGCGGGAUGCAUGAAAACGCCCCAGCGAGUGCAGGCAGGAUUUUGGGAGGUCGCAAUGCAAACCUGGGAGAAAUACCUUGGCAACUUCUCAUAAAAGAACCAUCAAGAGGAGGAGCAACACUGAUCAAUGACCGAUGGGCCGUCACAGCUGCUCAUGUCGUGGAGAAGUUGGAGGAAACCUCUUUGCGCCUGUAUGGUGGAUUGGUAGAUGGAAGGACAAUGUCACUUAGAUCGUCUGAUGUGGUGGUCAUGGAUAGCGAGAGGAUCAUCAUUCAUCCUGGCUUCAUCAGAGGUGAUUUUCCUCUGGGACACAUCAAUUAUGACAAUGAUAUUGCUCUGAUCAGAUUGACCUCCAGGGUGAAUUUUGGCCCAAACCUCCUUCCCAUAUGUCUGCCGGAGGUGAACAGGGGCUUGGUGGAAAAUGAACAAGGCACAGUUUCAGGCUGGGGGUUGACAGAAGGGAAGGAAAGCCUCGUGACGUCUCGUGUGCUGAAAUACGCUGAAAUCGGGGUCUACUCCCUCAGCCAGUGUCAGAAUACACCUCGCACGCCAACUGGCAGUCCCAUGAAUUUCACUGAGAACAUGUUCUGUGCUGGAGCAACAGGGAAGGACAGCUGCCAAAAAGACGGUGGGAGUCCGUUUGUAAUACCAACGUUGUCUGCAGGAACAGGGCCGUUUCAUCUGGCUGGUAUCGUGUCCUGGGGUCCCCCCUGUAAGGACAGGGAGUUCAAGGGUUAUUAUACCAAAGUAGAGAACUAUGUCGACUGGAUCAAGGAGACAAUCGAUAAGGUGGAGAAUACUUAGAAAGGGGGAAGACGCAGGUGGAAACACAGUGCUACGAAUCAUAAUACUGUAAUCACAACUGAUUCAAAUUGCCAAAAUAACAACUUUUAUGAAAAUUAAGUUUGUAACCCUUGUAAUCAAUGUACCAACACUGACAAUCACAAUGACAUUAACACAUUAUAACUUCAGACUUCACUUUUAUAAUAAAGGAAAUGAUGGGAAAUAAA